UUGAAAAUGGAAGCCAAGAAAAAAAGUAGUGUCGUUAGUAUCGCAUAUUAGAAACAUGUAAAUAUUUGGUUGCCUACAUAUUCAAAAUUUUUGAAAGUUUCCUUUGUUGACAUUAUAUUUGAACUAUGUCAUAUAUUAAAAGUAGUUAAUUAAUAAAUUCAAAUCUAAAUUUCCUGUACACCAAAUUUAUUAAUUGUACUAAAGCAAACAUGACUGAUUUACGCAACGACGAAGAGGAAGAAGCUAACAAGGAACUGCGUUUACAUGAAGGAAUUCAAAAGAUCUACACACUUAUUCACGAAGGAGUAGUUUUAGAAUCGCCAAUAGAUAUUCACAUACCAAAUGCAAUCGCACUCGAACUUCCUCCAUUAGAAUGGCAUCACAUGGAAUUAGAACCAAAGCGAGUUAAACUUACAAAUUCUGGUCAUACUGUUAUUUAUAGUGCAAAAUGGUUACAAGAACGGCCCUAUCUUUCCGGCGGACCAUUCAUUGGCAACUAUGUUUUUUCACAACUGCAUUUCCAUUGGGGCAACAAUAAUAUGUGUGGUUCAGAACAUACCAUUUCGGGCAAACCACAUAUUCUUGAACUGCAUAUGGUUUAUUUCAAAAGUUGCUAUCUGACACAGGAGAGCGCUUUGAAACGAAAAGACGGCAUGGCUGUAGUUGUCUACCUAUUUAAAAUACAAGAUAAUAUAAACGAAAUGUUACAAGUCAUUAUUCAAGCUCUGUCUUUAAUAAACGAACCACACACCUCGACGCGUUUGAAAAGUUACCCAUUGGAAAAACUUGUUGCACCGUUUGCGGAUGAUUAUUUCUUGUACGUUGGCAGUGUCAACACUGCUACCUGCAUGCACUACGUGCUUUGGUUGAUCAGUCGGACUCCGAUGGGAAUAUCAGCGGAACAAAUGAUGGGAUUUCGAACGUUACUAGGUGCUGAGAGAACGCACCUCGCUAAGAAUUACCGUGAUGUACAACCACUAGCUGAUAGAGUAUUAUACCAUGUCAAUCCAGGAGGGCAGUUGCAUUCUACACUUCUCCCAAUGCAGAAAGAUGAUUGAGACUGCAACAUCGCGCACUUGUCCGAUUUUAAAUCACAAGGAGCUUUCAAUUGUAAACGUCUUCACUUAAAAUAAUACAUCUCUGUUUUUUUUAAA